UCACAGGCAUUCGGAGAGUCACAGGCAGUCAGAGAGACGCAGACAGUCGGAGAGGCACAGGCAGUCGGAGAGACGCAGACAGUCGGAGAGUCGCAGACAGUCGGAGAGACGCAGGCAGUCGGAGAGACGCAGACAGUCGGAGAGACGCAGACAGUCGGAGAGUCACAGGCAGUCGGAGAGUCGCAGGCAGUCGGAGAGUCACAGACAGUCGGAGAGACACAGGCAGUCGGAGAGUCGCAGGCAGUCGGAGAGACGCAGACAGUCGGAGAGACGCAGACAGUCGGAGAGACACAGACAGUCGGAGAGUCGCAGGCAGUCGGAGAGUCACAGGCAGUCGGAGAGACGCAGACAGUCGGAGAGACGCAGACAGUCGGAGAGACGCAGACAGUCGGAGAGACGCAGACAGUCGGAGAGACGCAGACAGUCGGAGAGACGCAGACAGUCGGAGAGACGCAGACAGUCGGAGAGACGCAGACAGUCGGAGAGACGCAGGCAGUCGGAGAGUCACAGGCAGUCGGAGAGACACAGGCAGUCGGAGAGUCACAGACAGUCAGAGUCGCAGACAGUCGGAGAGUCGCAGACAGUCAGAGAGUCGCAGACAGCAGUCGGAGAGACGCAGGCAGUCGGAGAGUCACAGGCAGUCAGAGAGACACAGGCAGUCAGAGAGUCACAGGCAGUCAGAGAGACGCAGACAGUCAGAGAGACGCAGACAGUCAGAGAGUCACAGGCAGUCAGAGAGACACAGGCAGUCAGAGAGUCACAGACAGUCAGAGAGACACAGGCAGUCGGAGAGUCACAGGCAGUCGGAGAGUCACAGACAGUCAGAGAGACACAGGCAGUCAGAGAGUCGCAGACAGUCAGAGAGUCACAGGCAGUCAGAGAGUCGCAGACAGUCAGAGAGUCGCAGACAGUCAGAGAGACGCAGAAAGUCAGAGAGUCACAGACAGUCAGAGAGUCACAGGCAGUCAGAGAGACACAGGCAGUCGGAGAGUCACAGGCAGUCGGAGAGUCACAGACAGUCAGAGAGACGCAGACAGUCAGAGAGUUACAGGCAGUCGGAGAGUCACAGGCAGUCGGAGAGUCACAGGCAGUCGGAGAGUCACAGACAGUCAGAGAAACACAGGCAGUCGGAGAGUCACAGGCAUUCGGAGAGUCACAGGCAGUCAGAGAGACACAGGCAGUCGGAGAGACACAGGCAGUCAGAGAGACACAGGCAGUCGGAGAGACACAGGCAGUCGGAGAGACACAAGCAGUCGGAGAGACACAGGCAGUCGGAGUGUCACAGGCAGUCAGAGAGACACAGUCAGAGAGAAACAGUCAGUCAGAGAUCACUGGCAGUCGGAGAGACACAGGCAGUCGGAGAGUCGCAGGCAGUCGGAGAGUCACAGGCAGUCAGAGAGACACAGGCAGUCGGAGUGUCACAGGCAGUCGCAGAGACACAGGCAGUCGGAGAGUCACAGGCAGUCGGAGAGUCACAGGCAGUCGGAGAGUCACAGGCAGUCGGAGAGACACGGGUAGUCGGAGAGACACGGGUAGUCGGAGAGACACGGGUAGUCGGAGAGACACAGGCAGUCGGAGAGUCACAGGCAGUCGGAGAGUCACAGGCAGUCGGAGAGACACAGGCAGUCGGAGAGACACGGGUAGUCGGAGAGACACGG